CUGCGGGCCCGCGGCGACCCCCGCUUCCCCGUGGCCUUCGCCAUCCUGGUGGCCGGCUUUGCCAGCCGUGCCCCAGCCCACAGCCACUUCUACCGGGAGCCCAUCGCCCUGCCCACGCUGCACGUCGUGGGCAAUACUGACGCCGUCAUCGCUGCUCACCUCAGUAGGGAGCUGGCCCAGCACUUUGUGGAGCCCGUUGUCCUCACCCACCCCGGUGGGCACUUCAUCCCUGCGGCUGCACCACAGAAGAGGGCCUACCUGGACUUCUUGGGCCGCUUCCGCCCUGGAGAGGGACAAUCCAGGUCUGUUCCCGUGCCGCUGUUCUUGGGGCGCAACCACCCUGGUCGGCUGCUCGCGGAGGUGAGCCUGGAGACAAGACUGACCAAGGUCUUCCCACCCUGCACUCAG